AUGGCGUACCGUGGAAAUUAUCAGUCAAGAUUUGUUUCCGCUUCUUCAAAUAGUUCCUCAAACACAUCCAAUGUACGUGAUGAUCGCAAGUGGACGAGCUCAAGCAGUAUGAACUCUGUGCCACCUCCUCAAUCGCUUACUACAUCCAGUGGACCGGGUUUCGUUGCUGGCAGUUACAUGUCUGUUCGAGACAGGGAGAAGAAGAAGGAAGAGGAGUAUGCAAAUCUUAUGUACUAUGGAGCAAAAACUGAAAAGGAAGGACGAAAGAAACGUCUCUACGACGAUGAAUACCUCGAGGGCGAGGAUUCAGAUGACGAUCAAUCGUCGUCUUCAUCAUCGUCUCGCCGUCGUCGUUGGGAUGAGGAUGGUCGGUCGUCUUCGCAUCGUGAUCGUGAACGUGAUGGUAAGAGUAGCCGAAAAAGCAAAGACGAGGAACCAAAGAAACCUGCCGAGGAUGACGAAGAGGAUGAGUUGGAUGCCUUCAUGGCAGAGAUUGAUGCCCAGGCUUCUAAAGACAAGGCGAUCUCAGUCCAAAAAGAGAAGGACCGUGCUAGUGGAAAGGACACAGAUGCUGACAAAAAGGGCAUCGGCAGAGCGGACAUUGAUGAAGAAGACAUGCAGGAGUCGUACUUUAAAUAUCUCGAGGAGCACAAGGACAAAAUCGCCAACGAAGAGGAAGAAUACGAAUAUGAUGAGGAUGGCAAUGUGAUCUGGACAUGGAAGAAGGUGAUUGAUCCUCUACCGCCCAUAGACCAUCUGGCUAUCACUUAUCCAGAGUUCAACAAAGUAUUCUAUGCCGAACAUGAUGAAAUUAGCAAGCUGAACCAUGUCGAGGUUGUGCGACUGCGAGAACGUUUGGGACUCCGCGUAGGUGGAUUCCACCCUCCUAAGCCAGUGUGCUCUUUUGCCCACUUUGGCUUCGAUAAGCAGCUGAUGGAUGCAAUUCGCAAAAGCGAGUAUGAACAGCCAACUCCUAUCCAAGCUCAGGCUAUUCCGGCUGCUUUAAGUGGACGUGAUGUGCUUGGUAUAGCUAAGACAGGAAGUGGUAAAACCGCGGCUUACCUGUGGCCUGCAAUAGUGCAUAUCAUGGAUCAACGUGAUCUGGACGUCGGUGAUGGUCCUAUUGCACUUGUCGUAGUACCAACCAGAGAAUUGGCCAUACAAGUCUACCAGGAAGCAAAGCGCUUCUGCAAAAUCUACAACAUCAAUGUAAUUUGUGCAUACGGAGGAGGAAGCAAGUGGGAACAAUCGAAUGAGCUUAAAAAUGAAGGGGCUGAACUAGUAGUCUGCACUCCGGGUCGUAUAAUUGACUUGGUGAAAAUUGAAGCAACAAAUUUUCUACGCACGACAUUCUUAGUUUUCGACGAGGCUGACAGAAUGUUCGACAUGGGUUUUGAGGCUCAAGUGAAGUCCAUUUCGGACCACAUACGUCCUGACCGUCAAUGCCUUAUGUUCAGUGCUACGUUCAAACACAAGGUAGAACGCCUAGCAAGAGAUGCCCUUCGCGAUCCCGUUCGCAUUGUUCAGGGAGAAGUUGGAGAGGCCAAUGCUGACGUAAUCCAAACUGUUGAAGUGCUGCCACGACAAGACACAAAAUGGGUGUGGCUUACAAAGAGACUGGUUGAUUUUGGAACAAUGGGAAAAGUACUCAUUUUCGUUACAAAGAAGGUGAAUGCAGAAGAUCUUGCGAAGAAGCUGAGGGCACGCGAUUUCGAGCUAGUUCUGUUGCAUGGAGACAUGCUGCAACAUGAAAGGAACGAACAUUUGCAGGCGUUUCGCAAGAAAGUCAAUAUUAUGGUAGCUACAGAUGUUGCAGCGCGUGGUUUGGAUAUCCCGGAAAUUCGAACUGUUGUUAAUUAUGAUCUAGCGAGGGAUAUUGAUACACAUGUGCACAGAGUGGGACGAACCGGAAGAGCAGGUCAGCGUGGCUGGGCUUACACUUUGAUCACUGACAAGGACAUGGAAAUGGCUGGACAUCUUGUACGCAAUCUUGAGAGUGUUAAUCAAGAGGUUCCGCAAGCUCUUCUUUCGCUGGCGAUGAAAUCUGCCUGGUUCCGUGCCCAGCGCCAAGGUGAUGGAUCCGGAGCAUUGAAGCCAAAAGCACGACUCGGUCUGGGAUAUAAGCCCAAAACUCGCCCAGUGCCUGGUAGUAAAGGUGCUGAACUCGAUCCACUGAAAGAAACGAAGCCUCGUGGAUCAAGUAACCUUACUGUGCGAGAUGCGAUAAGAGCAGCGACGUCUACAGACAAUGUUGGUCCUGCCGGAGCGGCCCCGAGUAAUCGACUACUAGCGAUGAAAAAUGCUUUCAAGCAGUCAUUUGCAGCAACUUUUAAGCCAUCUGAACUCGAGUCAUCCAAAAUCAGGCCACAGGUCGUAUCCGAUCCCCGCCCUGAAUGGAAGAAAAAAAUCGAUGAAAUCAACGCUCGUAUUAUGGCGCAGAAUCCGCAAACGCAACAAACACCAGUUGCAGCAGCUUCUGCCCAAUCAACGGAUGACGAGGGCGCUUCGGCCAAGAAGAAAAGUCGUUGGCAAUGA